CAAACAGUAUGUGUGACUCCUUCCUUUCUGAAGUGAGCUGUCUGUUUUUCUAGACUUCCUUCUGAUAUUAUUUAGCCAAAUCUGAUAACAAUUCAUUGAGGUGUUUACUUUAUGCUGAUUUAAAUGAAGAUUUAUGCUUUUUAAUAACUCUCGAGUUCAUGGGCGAGUUCAUUGGUCCCUGGUAAACUCGUGUGCUGAUUAGGUAGUUCCUCCUACAGGUUCUUGGGAUCUGACUGUGUUCUCGCUGUCAUCAUCAUAAUCUCCCUCUUCCCUUCUGUGGGAUUAUUAUGGCGACAAAGCAGGGCAGCUUGUGACUAUCCUCUGCUAUCUGCAGGCCUUUUCUUUGUUUUGUUUUUAGUAUAUAUUUUUUCUGGCUGUGAACUGGUGGAAUACCAGAAGCCAAAAUGCUGAACCAGAGUGCUGUCAUGAUCUUCACUGGGAUCUGUGGGGCGAUGGUGUUCAUGGCAAUGGCCUACUAUGUCUACUGGUCUGUGGUGCUGGCAGAAGGGCCGUGUAAACGGGGCUUGUAAAAGGACUCCACCGUGGUUGGUCGUAGUGUAUAGAGAGGAGCCCACUCAGCCCUCCAGGCUCCUCAGCCAUGGCUCUGCUGGCCUAUCUGAAGAGCCUGUUCAUCUUGCAGUUGCUGAUGGGCUUUGUGUUUGUGGUGAGCGGCCUCAUUAUAAACUUCAUUCAGCUGUGCACCUGCAUCCUCUGGCCGAUCAACAGGCAGCUCUAUCGCAGAAUCAACUGCCGGCUCUCCUACUCCCUCUGGAGCCAGCUGGUGAUGCUGCUGGAGUGGUGGUCGGGCACAGAAUGCACCCUAUACACCGAUCAGGCUACGGUGGACAAGUUUGGCAAGGAGCAUGUCAUCAUCAUCCUCAACCACAACUUUGAGAUUGACUUUCUGUGUGGAUGGACCAUGUGUGAAAGAUAUGGCGUUUUAGGGAGUUCAAAAGUGCUAGCCAAACAUGAGCUCCUGAAGGUCCCUCUAAUUGGCUGGACGUGGUACUUUCUAGAAAUUGUUUUCUGCAAAAGAAAGUGGGAAGAGGACCGAAACACUGUCUUCAAAGGCCUAGACAGGCUCAAAGACUAUCCUGAAUAUAUGUGGUUUCUGCUGUACUGCGAGGGCACCCGCUUUACAGAGAAAAAGCACCAAAUCAGUAUGCAGGUUGCAGAGAGUAAAGGCCUGCCCAUACUCAAAUAUCACCUAUUACCCCGAACCAAAGGAUUCACCACCACACUGCAGUGUCUUAAGGGCACAGUAACUGCUGUGUAUGAUGUGACUCUGAAUUUCAAAGACAACCAGACUCCCACCCUCCUGGGCAUUGUCAAUGGCAAGAAGUACAAAGCUGAUAUGUCUGUAAGGCGGUUUUCUGUGGAGGAUAUACCAGACGAUGAGCAGGAGUGUGCCAACUGGCUACACAAGCUGUACCAGGAGAAGGAUGCUUUACAGGAAAUGUACAAUAAGGAAGGCAAGUUCCCGGGACCCACAAUUAUCCCACCGCGCAGGCUGUGGACGCUGCUCAACUUCCUGUUUUGGGCAACACUGCUGCUUUCACCACUCAUCAAUUUUGCCUGCGGAGUGGUCGUCAGUGGCUCCCCUCUCCUCAUUAUUGGCUUUAUACUCUUCCUCAUCAUAGCCUCUAUAGCGAUCCGCCGCCUCAUAGGGGUCACUGAGGUGAAGAAAACAGGUUCCAGUUACGGCAACCAAGAGGCCAAGAAACAAAACUAAAGUGUCACUCCCUCCUGUGAAUGGCCGUUUCUGUUGGCCACCCUGCGGCGUCUCACCCCAUCCCAACUCCAUUCUCCUCCUACUGUCGAGUCAGUUGGUAGGCUGGGGAGGAGUCCCAGCUGUGAAAACAUUAUAGAAGCCAGACCUAACAUUUCUAGUGGCACUAGGGUGAGGGAGUAUAGAGGGUCUGGGGUCCAAGUUCUCUGGUGUAUCACAGAUUAUAACGAGGGGGAGAUGCAGCACUGUAUUCUCCUGCAUCUUUCUAAAUCCAGUUAGCCACCACCUCCCCCUCAAUCCAGAUCCCAUUAAAUCUCAGUAACACCCAACAUUAAGCUUCUAACAUGUCUGAGCUCACGUGAACUACCACUUCCUACCUCGUUUUCCUGUCACAGUCAUCAGCCAAUGGGUAGUGGGUGACACGCUGUUUCUUUUUUGUCCACAGAACACGAGUCGAUACAUAUUUCUAAUCUCUAACCUCCAUCCCAGCGGAGGCGCAUUUCCACAACAGCAGUGUGUAACAUACAGGAUGUCUCCCUCCCUUUUCUCACUGAGUGGGACUUGUAAUGGGAAUCGGUGCCUUGAGGCCCAGCCUGGUUUUCCUUAACAGGGUCAACUUCACCCAAAAUCAUGCAGAAUUGACCAGUUUUAGCUGUAUAUAGCCAGCCACAUACUUAAGGUUCUUAUAUGCCUUUGAGCACAACUAUACCAGUACAGCGAAGGUGAAAAAGUUGUUUUGUUUUUUUCCCCUCUUGUAAUUUGUAAUUAUUUUGACACAAACAAUGCGAUACAGUUCACCUUGAUUGUACUGGGAUAGCAACAGACGUGCGUGGGCGGAGAAUCAAAAUUCCACAUCAUUUUUAGUGGUGUACAUGUGGUAAGAUCACUGUUCCAUCUAACUGCUGUGAUUAUGAUGGUCUGACCCCUUUUACAUCCUGGUUUGGAAAGGCUGGUGUCAAACUUACAUCAAGGGCUCUGAAUGUGAAAACCGUCCUUAUCAAGGAUACCUACCAUCUGUUACAGGUCUCAUUUGUACCCCUCAGAACCCAAACCCACAGACACUUUUCAGUUUUUGUUUUCUGUCUUUUUACAUUUACUAGCUUGCAUACAUGUUCUCAUUCAUUUUCAAUUGACCUCCUAAAUGUGAUGUUAAUUGAACCAAACACUGGCAAGGUUCAACAUGCCACCCACGCCGAUUACCAGUCAUGACUCACCUGUCAGUGGAGCCAGAAUCCAGGAAAAGGUCACCAACAUGUAGCCACACAUCUGAAAGCAUAUUGAUUUGCUCUCCUGAUAUUUAGACUGUAGUAUUGAUAUUUUAACCUUUGCCUUAAGUCAGGCUUGCUCAGGCAAGGGAUUGCUUAUCCGCCACCCCUUUAAAACAAGCACCAACAUCUCACUUGCGUCUCCACCCUCUCUCCCUCCCUCCCAUUACAGUGAUGCAUGGUGGAGCAGCAUGCAUAUGUUUGGUUUGAUCCCCCAAACUGAGUAAACAACUUACAGUCCAGUUGUAGUUUUUUUUUGUUUGUUUGUUUUUUUUUUAAAGGCAUCCUGUGUACAUCAGUUAAAGACAGCUGCUUAAGCACAUACAGUUCUGGAUUUUAGCAUCCCAAACACGACUGCUUGUAGUUAUAUCUCAGAUUAUCUUUUGGCUGCUACAGUACAAUACAGUUUUUGAGCCAUGUUUCGAGGUCCAACAUAAAAGCUAAUGGUAGAAAAAGAUGGGGAGGGGGUAUUUUUAUGUUGUGUGCUCUCCUUACCUUCCCGUGCCACAUGUAGUGUUUAUCCUACCUUUUUUUUUAUUUUAUUUAUAAUCAUAAUGUCUCAGCAGCUAAAUGUCCUAUACCUCCCUUUUUCUUUAGUUAACUACAGAUUUCAUGCAAGCCUUAAUUAGUGCUGCUUAUGUUUUUGUGUGAAAACAUAGACGCUAACCGCUGUGGUAGUGAAGGACUGAAAGUUUUUGUUUAAGUACAUAAACAUAUGUACUAGUAGAGCUGGGAGGUUGGCAUGGAUGUAGUCAGCUCUUGUGAGGAAACCUGUUUUUAAUUAAUCCACAUUUGUACACAGAGAUACUUUGAGAUUACUUUAAAUAUUUGUAAAAGCUUUAGGAUCCUCACUUGUCUCUUCUAUAUUCCAUCAAAUCAAAACCAACAACCGCAUAGAAAUUCAGCCCAUCAAAUCCUCUUAUUUAGUAUGAAUCAGUUUCUUAAGCAGAAGACGCUGCUGAGAAGUGCAAACCAGUAUUUGCAAAAACGUUUAACACUGGAUGCUUUUUUUUUUAUUAUUCAGUAAAGAAAUAUUACAAAUGUCUUUUUUUCCCUCCCCAUUUUCUUAAUUCCUAAACGCGAUCAAAUGUGACGUUAAAAUUUACAACACUAGAUUAGCUGCACGAUUUUCUGAAAUCUCAAAGAUAAUCCAGUUAGUGGAACCUCUCGCCUCAGCUUUUGUUUUGUUUUCUACAGCUGUUUUUAUGUUUUCUUCAAUUUUAAACACUUGAGAAUAUUAAAGAAUUUGAUCACAAA